UCUGUUUUAUAUUUUUGCAAGGGAAAAUAAAUAAAAACCCAUAAUGCACACCGUGCUGCAAAGAGGGAACUCUAUUUUAGCGUACGCUUUGAGCGUUCUAGCGUGCUUAACGUUUUUGUGUUUUGCCUCUACUGUUUUUCUGGAUUAUAGGACGCAAGCUAAAAUGAACACUGUUAAAGUUGUUGUAAAAAAUGUACCUGAUUACAGCGCCUCAAGAGAGAAAAAUGACUUAGGUUUUCUUACAUUCGAUUUGCAGACCGAUUUGACCAGUUUGUUUAACUGGAACGUAAAGCAAUUGUUUUUAUAUUUAACAGCCGAAUAUGAGACCCCAAACAACGAAUUAAACCAGGUGGUUUUAUGGGAUAAGAUAAUUUUGAGGGGGGAGAAUGCAGUUUUGGACUUUAAAAAUAUGAAUACCAAAUACUAUUUCUGGGAUGAUGGUAAUGGUUUGAAGGGAAACAAGAAUAUUACUCUAACAUUGUCAUGGAAUAUCAUUCCAAAUGCUGGUUUAUUACCAAACAUUUUUUCCCAUGGUCAGCAUUCCUUUAAAUUCCCCAUGGAAUACACAACUUCAAGGGUUUAAUAUUAAUAAAUAAAUAAAACAAAAUAAAACAUUUUUGUUAUGAAAAAUAAUUUAUUGCCUAAGUAAAUAAAAAUAAUGAGAAAACAGCUUGUGUAUUAUUAACUAAUACAAGGUACUCAAUAAAACAAUUUGAACAUAAUAAAUAAUAAAAACAAUAUUGCCAUAAGAAGCAGUAGUACAGUACAGUACAGUAUAAAACGUUUAUUUUGUAAUAUCUAGAAGUGUUUAAUUUAAUUCAGUUUGAACGUCUUUAUCUUCUUUUGUUUCUGGGCUAAAUUUUUUUGAGAUUUUUAGCAUUUCUCUCAA